UCCUCGUUCGGUCCAUUCCUCGUUCAAAUUUCGACAUUUCCGCGCCUCUUCUUCAAGCUUCUCCCUUACUGUCCCCACUCAACUCAGCAAAACUCCGGCAGUAAACCGUAGCAGAAAUGGCAGUUACUUCCACCGCCAGCCAGCAUUCCUCUUCCUUGACCACCAACCACCAUUCCUCUUCCUUCACCACCAACCUCCAUACCUCCUCCUUCACCAGUGACCCCCUUCUUCCAUGGCUCUAUUCAAUCAGAAAGGGAUUAGACGAUCUCGAUAAAAGUGAAGAGAACAGUGUAGCUUUCGAUGAGCUUGUAUUUGAUUGCAUCGGAACCUUCAAGAACAAUCCUCAUUAUCAAAAUGACGUUCGAUUCCUUCAAGUUUGGUUCCUCUAUAUGGAUUCUCGAGAUUUCGACAGUGUAUUCGAAGAAUUGGAGGAGCGUAAGAUUUGUUUCAAAAAUUCUGUACUUUACGAAACGUGUGCUGUGGUUUUGGAAGCUAUAGGGCGAUUAACUGCUGCUCAAAGAGUGUAUCGUUUGGGCAUUUCAAGGAAUGCCGAGCCUGUUGAAAGCUUGAAGAAUGCUUACACAUUGUUUUCUGAGAGGAUGUCAGCUGCACAUAAGGCAUGUUCUAUUCAUCAGAAUGUUGAUAGAGUCAAAGAGAUGCUUGGAGAGAUUCGUGUCAACCCAUGGUCGACUACCUCCUCCGAUGAAGUUUUGCAGAAGAUUCUUCCACAUUUAGUGAAAUAUGAUGGAUACCAUGUUAGUUUAAAAAACUACCCUGGGAAGGUUGCUCUGUCUACUAUACAGAAAUCAUCUAGGAAUAAGAUAAUAAAGAUUGGUAAAAGGGACUACCAGAUUAAAGGAUGCGCUGGUAGCGGAGGAUUUGCACAAGUUUUUAAAGCUUUUGUUGACUCUGACCCUAAUGAAAUUGUUGCACUUAAGAUACAAGCACCUCCUUUCCCUUGGGAGUUUUAUAUGUACCGGCAACUUGAUAAGCGUCUCCCAUCUGAGGAAAGAUCCAGGUUUGGAAAUGCUCAAAGAAUGCAUCAUUACUCGGAUUACAGCAUACUUGUUUGUGACUAUCUGCCACAUGGGACCCUUCUCGAUGCAAUAAACUCAUAUAUGUUAACUGUUGGGGCAUCCAUGGAAGAGGUGUUAUGUAUGUAUUACACGAUCGAGAUGCUUCACAUGCUUGAGACUCUACAUAGUGCUGGCAUCAUCCACGGAGAUUUCAAACCUGAUAACCUUCUUAUUCGCAAUUCCAGAGAUGAUCUGACAGAUGAUUUGGAACAUUUUGUCAAAAGAUGUGGCCCUUGGCAGGAUCAGGGGCUUUGCCUUGUUGACUGGGGUAGGGGAAUAGACUUGAGUCUUUUCCCUGCUGAUACAAAGUUUGUGGGUGAUUGCCGUACUUCAGGCUUUUGUUGUGUUGAAAUGCGAGAAGAGAAGCCUUGGAAAUUUCAGGUGGACACUUAUGGCCUCUGUGUUAUUGUUCAUACAAUGCUGCACAACACAUACAUGGAUAUCAACAAAAAAGCAUCUGCUGAUGGAGGCUAUAUAUAUCUACCAAAAUUACAAUUUAAAAGGUAUUGGAACAUCAAACUGUGGGAGAAUCUUUUCAAAAGGUUGCUCAACGUCCAACCUGGUGAUGACCACUUGAAGAUGCUGCGAGAACUCAGGGAGUCCUUUCAAGAAUAUGUAUUAUCAGACCCAUCCUUUGUAAAGAAACUAAGGGAGUUGCUGCGGAAGCAAAGGUCAUCUCUUUGUUCUGCUUAACUCAUCAUGCAAGAAGCAACCUUGUGAAUAUUUAAUGUCUGCAGUGAGAACAUCAGACAAGCAGAAGGUAGACAUCAGCAAAUUAACAAUUCGAUCUGCUGUUUCUAAACUUGUGUCUCUCGCCCUAUCUUAUUUAUUUAUGUUGGGAAAAAUGCUCCUUCUAGUAGAAGAACCAGGCUUAUACCAAUGAUCAUUUGUUAGCUUUUAAUCAAA